AUGCAGCCUUACAAGCUUUUGGGGCUGGUCCUUUCGCUAUGCGGCCUGACCCUUGCCGAAUAUGGAGGCCAACCAGUGCAUCGGCACUUGCACAACCAGAUGCGUCGUGAAACCUCCGCUGACCAGACUGCGACAGAUAACAUGGGCGGUGGGCAGGGAAUCCGGAGCGUGGCAUACUUCGUCAAUUGGGCCAUCUACGGUCGAGCACACAAGCCUCAACAGAUCCCGGUUGAGCAACUUACACAUGUCCUUUACGCCUUCGCCAAUGUUCGCCCAGACUCCGGCGAAGUCUACCUCACAGAUUCAUGGGCAGAUACGGAGAUCCACUGGGAGGGCGACAGCUGGCAGGAUACCGGCACCAACGCCUACGGAUGUGUCAAACAACUAUUCCUCCACAAGAAACGAAACCGGAACCUCAAAGUCCUGCUAAGCAUUGGCGGCUGGACGUACUCUUCCAACUUUGCUCAACCAGCCAGCACCGAUGCGGGCCGAAAGAUGUUUGCUCAGUCAGCAGUCCAGAUCAUGGAAGACGUAGGGUUUGACGGUCUGGACAUCGACUGGGAGUAUCCGAAGAACGACGCCGAAGCCAACGACUGGGUGUUGCUGCUGGCCGAAGUUCGAGCUGCUCUAGAUGCGGCCGCGAGCAAGAGACAGAACAAGCCACACUUCUUCCUCACCGUCGCCUGCCCUGCCGGUCCAACCAACUUCCAAAAGCUUAAAGUCGCCGACAUGGACAAAUAUCUCGACUUCUGGAACCUCAUGGCCUACGAUUAUGCCGGUAGUUGGGACCAGACAUCCGGACAUCAAGCAAACCUGUACGCCAGUCAGGGCAACCCUACCUCAACACCCUUCAGCACCGAAGCUGCCAUCAACUUCUACACCAGUAACGGCGUCAGCCCGUCGAAGAUGGUGCUCGGCAUGCCGCUGUAUGGUCGAGCCUUCCAGAACACCGCCGGACCCGGUACUGCGUACUCAGGUGUCGGCGAAGGCAGUUGGGAGCAGGGCAUCUGGGACUACAAGGUGCUUCCCAAGGAUGGCUGUGCAGAGCAGUACGAUGCGCAGCUUGGCGCAAGUUGGUGCUUCAAUCCUUCUACUCAGACCAUGAUCAGUUAUGAUACUCUGCAGAUGACCCCAGCCAAGGCGGACUACGUGAAGCAGAAGGGUCUAGGCGGGAGUAUGUGGUGGGAGACUUCUGGUGAUCGGGCAACGGGGAAUGGUAGUCUGAUCGAAGGGUUUGUGACGGCUUUUGGUGGAAAGAAUGCUUUGGUGGAGGAACAAAACUGUUUGGAGUAUCCGGAGAGCAAAUACGAUAACAUUCGUGGUGGAAUGAAUUGA